AUUCAGCAAGCGACCAGUAGAGUGAAAAGCCGAAAGGGAACAAAACCCUACUAACCCACAGGAUACUCUCAGUGAGGAAAAGCAACAUACCAGUGAAUUGUGAUAGUGAAUUGAAGAUAGCAAACUAAAGCCAAGAAGAGAGAGAGUGAGUGCCACAGCCGAUCAACAGAGGACUAACACCUACGCAGAUGAAAAUUUUGCGUCCUACAGCGUAGCUGUGAAUUGUUAACCAAAAAAACUAGUACACUUUUCAAAAGUUACUACUAAAAAGAACACUUCAGAGGACAAUCAACUUUUACUGGUUGAGAGUUUAUACUAGCCUAAGAAAACGUUCUAUCAGCCUAAAACAGUGCAACAGUGCAAACCUAGUGUUAAAUAAGGAAAUUCGUUGGAUACAUACUGGUCAGUAAAAUUGUCCUACUUAGGUGUACGAACAACGAACAUGUAUACUUGCCUGUUGCCUUUGUUCGGCCUAAUGGCACUCAGCAGCGCAUCACUAAACUAUCCAGUUUUCGGCACUAAGCGAUACACAAGAGCAAACUUGCUUCCCCCGAGCAAUUACGGAAGUUCACUUUCAAUACCGGCAUAUCCACCCGCUCCUCAAUAUUAUGACAGUCCGUCACAAUACACGAUGGCGCUGCCGUCGUAUUCAAUGAACCCCUCAACUGCGGAUUAUUACGACGACAGUGGCUACUACAAUAGCAACUAUUAUUACGUUCCUCCUGUUCAUCGACGGCAUCAGCGACAAGACCGCUAUCCUUCGUACGGACUUCCGACAUAUCGCGGCGAAUACAAACCAACUCCAUACUAUUACGCUCAUGCUCCCAGCUACAGUUACUCGGAUGACCGGGAGCUGAACAAUCCGCUGGAUGAUCUGCAUGAGGAAAUGCUUCAGGAAGACGAGCGGGAACGAGCUCGUGAUUACAUGCCCGUUGGCCAAGAGCAGUGGUACGAGAGUCCUGCGCGACAUUCUGCCGAUUCCACCUUCCUCCGGAAUCUCAUCAUGUACAACAAACAGAUGAACUCACUGCGCAACAAUCAGCCCGAUUCUGGCGAAGAAUAUGAAGAGUACGAUGGAGCAGAUCCAGAAUACUACGAUACACCAUACGCCGACUCGGGCAACGCUGGUUACAGCAGCUAUAUCAAUCCCUACGAUAAUAGCAACAAUAAUAAUAACGCCAACAGCAAUAGCCGUAGCACACUUAGCAAAAUUACUAGCUUACGAAACAGUAUGGCCAAAAACGCUCUGGAAGAUGAUGAGGAAGUUCAAGAGCUUAAAUCACUAAUCCACCAACAGAAGAACAGUCGCGUAGCGCAACAGCAGCAGCAGCUACACCAACCACAAUUCCUACAAUCGUUCCAUAAGCUCCAGGACGAACUUCCGACUGCAGCUCCUAUCCCAGACAUCAAACAGCAACAGCAACGUUCGAUGUCCAGUGACUAUCAACAGAACGGGAACACCGACAGCUGGCAGCGAGACAGUCCAUCGUACAAUAGCUACGAUUACGAGAACGAGUACGACGACAACUGGAGCCACUGGGACCGGAAACGUAACGUUCAGCCGAAAAAACUGGCGCUGCCUAUAUUUCCCUUCACGGCAACGCCCGCCGCUGUAACGACCACGACAACCCCGACGGUCGUAACGGUUGAAACGUUGACAACCUCAGCAAAGCCCUCGCAGGCACAAACACGCAACGAGUACAACGGCCAGAAGGAGGUUGCCGUGCCUCGGCCAGCCGCCCCGGUACGCAACCCCUUCGCCAAUCUAAGCGGUCUGCAGAAACAGAGCGGCCACCAUCCGACAGCCGGUACGGUAGUGAACAUGAUUGCCCAGGCCAAACCUAUUAAGGUGAAGCCCGGCAGCGUUUACGAUACGAUCAAGAAGAUUAUCGACAUGCAGCAAAAUCUGGAGGAUGCCGAGUUGGCACUUCAGUUGGACAACCAGAAGCACCAAGGUACACGCGUUCAUAAACGUUUCGUAACCAACGAGGAGUCCCUGGUACAGCAACUGGAUGGCCUCAAACGAACGGCGUAAAUAAAUUUUCCACCCCCACUGGUAGCGCCAUUUAACACUAUAUCGGAUCCAAUCAUUUCUUUAGCGGUGAAACCUUCAUAAUCAGCUAAAAUUUGACUUGCUUUUCGAUAACGUCCGGAAAAGAAAUUGAGCCAAAGCUUCAAAUUUUACCACUGCUGCAAUUUUUUUGCAACCGGGGCAGCCCUUUGUUGUUAUCGGGUUUGAGUGUUUUAGGGGGAAAGCGGGAGGGAAGAAUGCAUCCCCGACCGCAUGCCAUUAUGUUUGCUAGUUCAAACUUGCAAAAGGCUUCCCGACAAAUGAAACAAAUCGGAGAAUCAUUACAAGUUAUAUAUUUAAAGUAAAACAACACACAGAGACACAAAAGAAAACACUGAUUGAGACUGAACCUAUGUAAAUAAUUAUUAACGAUGAAGAUAACAGAAAUUAUAUAAAUAUUUAUCGAUAAAAGGAGAACUGAAAAUAUGAGAUCUUUGAAAAUUUUUAGCCUUUUGAGUCAACUUUUCUGUUGAAAAAUAGAACAAAGAAAUAUUCUCUUCAUACUUAAAGCUAAUUAUUAUUAUUACCUGUACAUAAGUAGCGAGAUGCUCAUACUGAAUAGGCUUUUCCUCAGAGAUCAAGUUAUUUUUUAAAUUAUAUUUGAGCUUAAAAUUAGUGUUCCAAUUGUCUAUUGCACCGGUGACGCUCCGAUUCGUUCGUUUUUACGAGUUGGACUGUUCAUGUUAAAAUGAGCGAACGAACCGUGACCGUCGCCCCCACAAACUGCUAUGGUUCAUUUGGACCGAGGUGAUAAUGUCAAUUUGCAGCUUAGCGAUUAUAUAAGAACUUCGAUUGAUUUGGAAGUUCACAGUAUAUGUUAAUCGAAAGUAAAAGCAGUUAAUAUUUUCCGUCGAUGUUAAUAAACAUACCAUUCCAGCACAUUAAACCCGAAUUAAGCUUGCAUUGCGGGCUGCAUUCACAGAUACGAAAUAACCCUAAUCUCGGGCUAAAUUUUUGAACCAAUCAUGUAAUCAAAACACACGUAAACAAACAGAGUAUUAUCAAUAAACUAUUCGUGUUUAAGGUGAAAAAAUAAGACAGCGGAAAGAGACCACAAGACCCUUCCGAUGGCAGCUAGCGCCCGAAAUUAUCGAUGAAAAUAAUCAAAAUAAAAAAAAACACGAUUCAAGCUGUCAACCGCUUCUGAGCUGGUUUUCAAAUAGUUUCCAACAUAAACCGAAAACUGAAAACCGAUUGAUACAGUGGUUACGCUAUUAGGUACACAAUGAACGGCACACUUUUGCAGUUCCAAUCACACGAAAUUAAUCACAGGCAGAAACCAGCAGCUUAUUACAUUACCCCUUAGGUUAUACGAUGUGAGGCAACCUAAAAAAAAUUGAAAGGAGAAGGAAAACUACCCACAGCGUCUCCAAGUCGGUAACCUUCAACUGAAACCCGAUGAAAGACUCAUUCUUGUACAUAGGAAAUUUAUCAAAAUGGAUGAAAUCACGCUGAAACAAUUUAUUAAUUUUUUCCAAAAAAGCACAUCUACGACUUUGCCGUUUUCUUUUCCAUUUUUUUGUACAAUAAUAAUCGAAAGCUCAAACUUCCCACUGCUCUUCGUGCUGUACGUUUUAAUGCCCUGUCAUGUGUUAUGUUUUCCCCACGCGCGCACUGAUUAAUAAAAGCACCGGCUUUGUUUGUUUGCGAAUCUAAUGAAAAUUAAACGGCAAACCGCCUACGUUUUCCAGAUGGUGCUGCUAGGUUUGCUGUACGGGAUAGUGAUAAAGAAAACAAAACAUUCUCCUAUUGUCCAUGCUUAGCUAGUUUAUCACAAGGAAAAAAAACCCUAUGGAGAACGAUAGUCUUCACUUUUUUCAUGAACUGAUUAUUAAGUUUGAGCAAAUACUAUACGAAAAUAACGAGAGCAAGGACUGCAGGUAGCUGAAGUAGAACUUAUCAUUGUUUAAGAGAAAAAUAAUCCACAAAUACUAAGUGUCCGAGAAAGUGCAAUGGAAAUGAUUUAGAAGAUUUGCGCACCCCUCGUUUAAGUUAUCCAGUUCCAUUGAAUUCGCCAAGGAAGAGAGAGAAGAGCGCAUCGGAGAAUAUUAUGCUAGUCUAUGCACGACUAUUAAUUGGAUGACGUCAAUUUGGAGACGGGUCUGACCGUUGUUGCUACCCCAUUCGUAGCUUGUACUACUUUAGUGUAAUUUUUAUUCCUGUUACAUUUCUUGAUAAUGAAUGAAUGAUCAGCGCACAUCUGCAUAUGUACGACGCAUAUUCAUUCAUUUGAAUCCAGCCCAAAACACUUCAAUGUGCAAGCCCAUAGUUGCAACUCGAACAUCUUUCCAUAGCUUUUUCAUCUCAGUGACGAAUGUUUCCAAACAUUCACGUAGUAAAUCACGUACCUAAAAACUGAUUGAAAUAAUUUUAGAGUUACAUAUAUAAUACAAGGCAAUUCAUAUUCUGCACGAUGCAAGGAGAGAGGUAAAUUGAAUACAAUUAAAUAACCGCAACCGGAUACAAACUAAACAAUGGUCGUGUAACAUUUUACUAGAUAGGUAUACAAACCAAACUAUUUAUUCUCAAACCAUUUUUUCCACAAAAGUCCGAGAACGCGAGCAAUUAUUUCGCAUUUUAUUGUCACCCACAAACCACAUUUAACCCUCCAUCGUUGUUAAAAUAAAUUUUGCAUAACCCCAAAUCGUGCCAGUCCGCAGCGCGGAAAGACACGAUCAUUGUUUUGAAAAUUGGACAAAUAUUUUCCCUCCAUACGCUUUUCUCAGCAGGGUGACAUAGAUAAAUGCAAUUAACAAAGCACGUGCUCAUCCACUUCACGAAGAAAGACACGGUAGUAGGUAAAGCGUGCGAGACCAGCAACUGUUUGAUGGUUUUUUAUCUCGAUCGAAUCAACCCCCUUCGGAAGCUGAUUACAGCCCGAGCGCUAUCAUGAAUCGAUCGGACCGAAACAAAUUGCCAUCAGUAAUUGUGACGCACGCGAAAAAAUUUACUCACUGUGUACAACCAUGCGUUUCCAUCGGUUUUCUGCGCAGGCAUGGAGACGCAUGGUAAUGUUUAGAACUAAUUACAAUUGAAUCAUUUUCUACUUCUGAAAAGUGAAUAUCGAUCAGCAUAGUAAGCAUCGCACUGGAUACCACUGUGGAUCUUGCAUUGAGAUGUAGCUUUUGUGAUUCGUUUUGCAAACCAUUCGCCUUCGUUAAAAAAAAAGAAAUACAAGCAAAGUUAAUGAAAAUAAAACAGAAAGAUACGAUACAGCAGAUGUAAAAAAAAAAACAAGAAAAACAAAUUUGACAAUAACUAACUUUUUAAAAAUGUGUAAUUUUUAUUAAAUGCAAAUGAUACUACAAUUUGUUUAGUGCAGUAACCAACCAAGUUGAUCAAGGAUUAUAAGUGUAAAAACCAAAGCUGUAACUCCUACAGAGAGUCGCUGUUAAUGGCAAUACGUAUCAGUGUGUUCUCUCUAGUUAGCAAAAGUUCUUGCACACAUUCCUUGACCUGUCCAGCUCUAGUUGAGUGUUGCAAACGGAAAUCAAGGAUGAUUUCCCGAACUAUUAGGUUCCCGUUAUAGUUUUAGUUUCAAACAGGGAGAGUGAGACCCCCAGAACAGAGUGCCAACUUUUCUAACUGCACAAACAUACGAGUAGCUUUUCGAUACACACCAACGACUAAGUUGAAAACGAACUUUGUUCCACUAAUAAUCACAGUGCUUGAGUGAAAAGGAAAACAAUAAGUGUUAAACUCUGUACAAAGUAUUGGAAUGAUAGAACUUGAUGGUAUUUCUAGCGGCAAAAGCUAACCAACUUUUAUAAAUUUUGUUAACAAAUUAUUCAUUCGAGACAUCGGAAUUGGAAUCUGGAUUUCAAUUUCUACAUGGCGAGAAAUCAUUGUCAGAUGCACAAAUCAACGGAGUACAGUUUAACGGAGUAGGAGUUGCGAAAGUAGUAGAGAAAAUUGGAACCCAUUUUCCACUUUGUGAAACUUGUAGUGAAUAUACAUAGGAAACCCACAAGCAGUAUUGUUUGAUUUUUACCUGCCGGUACUAUGCAGCUUCUUAGGUGAUUCUAUUCAAGUCAAACUGAUACUGCAAGUAGUGGCGAAAAAUCAACCACGUGAGAACUAAGCAGCUCUCGAUUAAUCGUGAACUCUCACAUUAAAUCAGCCUAUGAAAAGAACGAAAUAGAAACGUGGAAUUUGAGGCUUCUUCUAUAUACAUUAAAAAAUAUAAAACACACACAAAUGUACAUAUCCUCUCUAUAUAUUUAUACAUAAUCUAAAGAAACUGCUUUGUACAUAUGAUAUAAAUUAUACUAUGAUCAUAAUAACAAACUGAAAAUAAAUAUACCGAGAUGGAAAACGAAAUCAAA